AUGGCUGACCAGAUCAACAUUGGCGACACAGUUUUUAUUGAUAAGAAGGGGACUGGUGUGGUGAAGGAGAUUAUCCCACGGGGGUUUGCUGUAUUUUAUGAUGUUGAAUUGCGUGGGAUUGACUUUCAAAUUCAGCUUGAGCGCGAUCGUAUUGAAAAGGUGGUCCGUGAAGUAUUAAAGGGUAAACAACGUCAAUUAAAACGUGAAGGAAAAGGCAAUUUGGCACACAAAAGUGAUCCAAUCAAUGACAAUGAAAUUGACAUUCUGUGGAAUUCGGGUGAGUUAGGUUCUGAUACCCCAGACAGCAUCUUACAAACUGUAUGGUUUUAUAACACAAUACAUUUCGGACUUCGUGGUUCAGCUGAGCACCGACAUAUGUGUUGGGGAGAUGUUAGUCUUUGGAAGGAUGAGGAUUGGCAUGAAUGUUUAGAUUUCACGGAGCGUCAGUUGAAAAUCUGUACAGGCGAAAAUGUCCGCGACAUCAGAUCAGUGAAACCGAAACUACGGGAAAAUUUGGAAAACCCGAACAGGUGCCCAGUCCUUAUUUACAAACUCUACCGUGAAAAACGCCCUGUCGGAUAUAGUGGUCCCUCAGAUCCAUUCUACCUCGCGACGAAACAAAUGCCGUCACAAAACGACAAAACUUGGUUAAAAAAACAGCCAGUAGGAGUGAAUAAACUGUGUACUAUGAUGCAAAGAAUGGUGAAGUCGUCGGGAAUAACAACGGAAAAACGCCUGUCAAACCAUAGUGCAAGAAAAUACCUUGUUCAAAAACUGAGUGACAGCAAUAUCAUCAUGCAAAUUUCUGGCCACAAGAAUAUAUCAUCAACAACUACAGCCACAUUAACCACGACCAACACAAACAGAUCUCGAGGAUUCUGA